CGAACAUUUUUCCGGGUCUCGACGAGUGAAAUUUUAUCGAGUAACUAGAACUGAUUGCGCACAAUUCGCCAUAUUUCAUGUUAUAACAUCGACGCCAUUUGUAAUUAUUUAUUAAUCUUUACUUGAAAGAGCCCUCUGAAGGUUCUAGAUAUUCUUAUUUUCACUUCUUUGAGGUGAUUUUCUAUGCGAGCCGGCGACUGAAGUGUCGAGGCCGCCAGUUUGUGUGAAGGACGCGACUGGACAAGGUCAUGGCCGGCGGACAAUGUAAACAGUGUGAAGUGAAAAAAAUCAUAACAUUACAGAAUUUGCAGUGUGAAAACGUUUCAAACUUACUACAAAGAUGUCCUCUGGCAAUGAAAUAGGAAUAUCACCAGUGCUUCUGCAAGCGAUCAGCCAGUCCCUCAGUUCCGUUGGGGCUAGUUCACCAACUGUGACAGCCACUAACAUGGCUGCAGACACUAACUGCAAGGGUGCAGCCUCUAGUGACGACAUUGUGGCACAAAUCAUGAAACAACAGCAGGAUCAACUUACUUUGGGACAAAGUGGUCUAACACCUCCGACAACGAUUAAUGACACCAUUAAGACUAUGUUGAGGCUCAAAAUGGCCAGUAAUGCUCUACUGAAAGACACUGAUAUUACCUCGGUGAAGGAAAGUACCCUUGCAUCAGAUUUAGCAAUGGCAAACAUGCUAACAGCAUUGGCCAGCCAGUCAAGAGAAAGCACACAGCCGGUAGAUACAGGCCAGGUUAUUGUUAUAUCCAAUCAAGAGAGUCCCAAAACUGUGCAGCCAUCUUUGGGAAGUGAAGGUAAUGUGCACACUGUAGUUCUCACCGAUGACAGUAAUUCCACACUAAAGAACCCGCCUCGGAGUGCUCAGCAAAGUGUUCAGAAAGUUGUGAAUGUGCCUUUAUCACCUUCAUAUAACUACACUUUAAUUAAAUCUGAGCCAAGCUCAUCUGAUUCUGAAAACAGGUUGAUAAGUCCAUUAGUCACUCAUCAAAUGAAUAUCAUAGCAAGUGAGUCCACAUCAUCCAACGGGCAGUCCAGUCCAGAAAUAUCCUUGAGUGUUCCAGAAGUGACUGAAAAGGGAAAAUUAUCUGGUGUCAAUCCUGUUGUUCAAGUCUCUGGGGACAUUGAAAGUCAGUUAAUGUUGCUUAAUCAACAGAACAGUUCUACAUUGUCAGGGUCUGUGAAUGCCCAGAGUGUUGGUCAGAGUAGUGUGAGAAUAUUUGAGCACAAUGGGAAAAGGUACAUCAUACAGAUGCAGGAUAUAGAGACUACGGCUUCGAACUCUUCAAACACUGAGGAGGAUUCAGGGGGCAAAGACUUCAGUGAUAUGCGUGACGAGGUGAUCCACUUUUCUGAGGGUCUGCCCCUUGCUGGCAUGGAACAAGAAGUGUUGACUGUGACCCAGCAGCAAGAUGUGAUGAUGUCAGGGCCUGGGGCUGGGAUGGUCUUUCGGGGUCAGCUUUGCCCUAUAUGUGGGGACAGUGUCUCUGGUUUCCAUUAUGGGAUCUUCACGUGCGAGUCCUGUAAAGGCUUCUUUAAGCGUACAGUCCAGAACAAGAAGACGUUUGUGUGUCCACGCCAAGGCGAGUGUGAGAUAACGCUGGAGAACAGGAAGAAAUGUCCGGCGUGCCGCUUUGCCAAGUGUCUCAUCAUGGGCAUGAAACUUGAGGCAAUCAGAAUGGACAGGACACGAGGUGGACGGAGCAGCUACAGUGGCAGUUCUCCAUCUGAGGAGCCCAAACGGAAACGACCAAUCAAAAUAGUUCCCAAUCGUCGUCCCAGUAGCCAGUCAGGGGAGGCCACCCAGUCUCCAUUAAUGCGUAGCGGGCCUAACCAGUGUGAAAUAGAGUUAAGAGUUAUUCCCGGCGUGUUGACAGACAUUAUGAGUUUAGAGUCCAUUCUAAACGAAGAUGACAUUCCAGCAAAUAUCAGUGUGGACGACUUCUCCUUGUCAAAUCCGAGUGUGUUCAUGACAUUACUACAGCUGUGUGAGUUGAAGCUGUAUAAGAUUGUUCGCUGGGCACGGAAUCUGCCUUACUUCGCAAAUGUCUCAACAGAUGAUCAGAUCCUGCUUCUACAGAACUGCUGGUGUGAGCUACUGGCCCUUACCAUGUGCUGGAAAUCCCUGAACCUGAAGGAGGAGAUUGUCUUCUUCCAUGGGCAGCCCAUAGACCAGGACAAGGCGGACAUGUUGAACGUGCGGGAGAUGUUUACCAAGAUGCUGCUGGUCGUGGAGCAGUUUAAGCGGAUCAAUGUAGACCAGUACGAGUGUGUGGCUAUGAAGGUCAUCAUUCUCAUAUGUCCAGACAUCAAAGGCCUCAGUGAUGCAAACAGCCUUGCAGUGCAUCAACAGAACAUCAGUGUGGCUCUAGAGGAUUAUGUACGUAGCCACUACCGAAGCACUCCUAACCGUUACGGUGAAAUAUUGCUCCGGCUCCCAGAACUUUCCCGUAUCUCAGGGUUGAUGAAAGAACACUUGAUUCAGUGGAUGCCGGCAAAUACAACAUCGUGUGGAUUGUUAUAUGAGCUAUUAAAGGGGGAAAAUAUGAAAGACAUGUUGUAGCAGUGUGUUUUGGCAGGAAUGGGGUGGAUGGGGUAGAUUAGGUCAUGUUAUAAGCUUGUCUGUUUUUCAUUUUUUUUUAUUUGAUUGGAAGUAUUGUCACAGCCUUGGUACGCAACAGUGUCAUUCUCAUGCAAGAAUGAUCAUGAUGGCAAUUACACAGAAAUAUGCGCUUUUAGAUGGAAGCUUUAACCCAUAGCUCUGACCUUAAUAUUUAUCAAGUUAAGUCGUUAACUAAGAAAAACAGAUUAGUGCUGGUAUCGAUUUGUUGGAAUUUUAUGUUUAAUCUCUUUAUAUUAUUAAAGCCAGAUUGUUUAGAUUCAUAUUCAGUGGUUAAAAUCGAGGCGAAGAAAAAAUAAUAGUUUUUCAUUCAAAAUAACUCUACAAUGAAAUGGGGUUUAAAAGGAAUGAAAAUAACCAAUAUGUAUACCAAAUAGUAGUCACACUGUCCGUUCCCGAGACUGUUAACCCCAGUUGUAAUUAAGUCACUUAAUAGGUCAAGGUCACACUUGGAUGUCAAUGAUGCACAGUAUGGAUUUUAAAGCAAACUUAAUAAUAAAUAAAUGUACUUUUAAUUGGAAUUCACUAAAAAAUUAAAGAUUUGUAAAGCACGUUGAGUCGCGCAGUAUAACAUUUAUGCCCUCAUCUCCAAUGGCGAUGUCACACUUGAUGAUGCACAACAUGGGUUUUAUUGCAUAAAUUUGACUAGCUACCGGACUUCAGGCAUAUCACAGUCCGCAAGCUUUAUGACAUGUAAUGUAAAAAAAUUGUGAUCAUCAUAUCAGAAAAGGUCAAGGUCCAUCUGGGAGCUUAAUAUGCCAAUAAGGAUUUCAUAGAUAUAUUUGAUGUCUUGUCAUGUCUUUGUAACUGUUCAUUUGUUUUCAAUCAAUUUCUUAUGAAAUACUCUUCAUUUCUUACUGAUAACUUUUAACUGCUGAUGAGAUUUCAAUCAAACCUCAGAUAAGUUGUAGAAUAUGGGAAUGUGCAUCACACAUGACCUUCAUGCAUUCAGCGCGAAAGCAAGGUCAAUGUAACUUAUGAGGAUUUUAUAUCAGAACGUUGUUACCAUGAAUUGGAUUUUAAUAAAUUUUAUUCAGAAUAUUUGUAACCCUCUGACAAGGCCUAAUCGGUGACAUUUUUCAUGUUCAUGUGACAGCUCUUUUUGUUUUAUUUUGUUAAACUACCUGUACAUAUUGGACAUUCACAGAUCUCUAGCCUAUAAGAUAAAUUCAGGAGAUAAUUCACACACAUUACUUGAGGUAUUCUUGUCAAAAUAUGUAAAAUGUUGAUGCCCGGUAAUUACUUCAUAUUUUUGUAUCAAUUGAAGGUGUCUUAUGUGUAGAGAAAUAAUAUGUUACUGAAAAAUAGCAAAAUUUGUAAUUUUAGGUCCAAUUCCAGUUGAAAAACCCACAUCAGUAUUUCAUCUGUAGUACAUUAAAGCUGCACUUUCACAGAUUGACCAUUUUAACAACUUAUUGUUUUUUGUUUUGGAAAGAGCAAAUUUAUGUGUAAAUAUCUGCAAACCAUUGAUAUAAGAUUGCUGACAAAAAAUCAGGUCGUAGAUUUCGAUAUUUCCAUCAAAAAUCAAUGUUUUAUGGCUAAAACUGUUACUAACGGUUUAAAAAAUGCAUAUAACAUCAAUUUUUGAACUUAAAUAUCAAAAUUUGCAAUCUGAUUUUUUGUCAGGAGUCUUAUAUAUUUGGUUUUCAUGGAUUUUUGCAAAAAAUGGCUCAUUCCAAGACCAAAAAAAAAAAUUGUCAAAACGUUCAUUCUGUGAGUGUGCAGCUUAAAUGUUCAUUUCAUUACCAUACAUAUAUUCAGUAAUAAAACAGUACCAUUUCAAGUGAUACAAUGUAAUAUACGGUCACCCGGCACUUUAUUGCCAUUGCCUCAUUUAUGACAUCAUUAUUUGUCCACCAGAUUUCUUAGAUAAUAUUUUUUAACUACAAGCAGACAUUCAAAGUAAUGUUGUUGGUGUACUUGUUGUAUUGAUUUCUGUACAAGUUUCGUUACCUGUUACAGGAAAAGAUGUGUUUUAUUUUACCUGUUGUAAUAAGGUAUUUAUUUGACCUGUUGUAAUAAGGUAUUUCUUUUACCUGUUGUAAGAAGGUAUUUAUUUCCUUAUUGUAAUAAGGUAUUUCUUUUACCUGUUUUAAUAAGGUAUUUAUUCUACCUGUUGUAAUAAGGUAUACAUUUCUCUUACCUUUGCAAUUAGGUAUUUAUUUUACCUGUUGUAAUAAGGUAUUUAUUUCCUUAUUGUAAUAAGGUAUUUCUUUUACCUGUUGCAGUAAGGUAUUUAUUUCACCAGUUGCAAUAAGGUAUUUAUUUCACCAGUUGCAAUAAGGUAUUUAUUUCACCUGUUGCAAUAAGGUAUUUAUUUCACCUGUUGCAAUAAGGUAUUUAUUUCACCUGUUGCUAUAAGGUAUUUUUUACCUGUUGUAAUAAGGUAUUUUUUCCUGUUGUAAUAAGGUAUGCAAUGAAAUGAAAAUCUUUUUUUUAAUUGGUAAAGCUUUUGCUUAUCAUAUGAUCUAUUAGAAUUAGUGAUUGUUCUCAAAAAUGAAUGAAAUGUUGUUGAACAUAAAUAAAUAAUUAUGACAUAAUUGUUGUACAUGAUUAUUGUUAUUGAAAUGAAAUCAUAGUGAGUAAACUACAUGUUGUGCAUUAACAAAGAGUUUAACAUUUUUAUGAAUCAACUUUUUAAAGAUGUUGGUGUAUUAACGGAGAGGAAUAAAGUAAAAUGAUCUUAUGA